AUGGGCAGAGGGUGUGGUGCCGAGAAUGGAGGGAAGAGGAAGCAGAAGGACAGGGACUUGGAUGAGCUGAAGAAGGAGGUGUCCUUGGACGACCACAAAAUAACUCUUGAUGAUCUGGGAAAACGCUAUGGAGUGGACCUCACGCGGGGUCUUACCAUCGCCAGAGCUGCAGAGAUUCUGGCCAGGGACGGUCCAAAUGCCCUGACCCCUCCCCCCACCACACCGGAGUGGGUCAAGUUCUGCCGUCAGCUGUUCGGCGGCUUCUCCAUCCUGCUCUGGAUCGGUGCCAUCCUCUGCUUCCUGGCCUACACCAUCCAGGUGGCCACAGAGGACGAGGCUCCCAAUGACAAUUUGUAUCUGGGCGUGGUGCUGUCGGCCGUGGUCAUCAUCACCGGUUGUUUCUCCUACUUCCAAGAGGCCAAGAGCUCCCGAAUCAUGGACUCCUUUAAGAAAAUGGUGCCACAGCAAGCGUUGGUGAUCCGGGAGGGGGAGAAGAUGCAGAUCAAUGCUGAGCUUGUGGUGCAGGGAGAUCUGGUGGAGAUCAAAGGGGGAGACCGCAUCCCAGCUGACCUUCGAGUGAUCUCCGCCAGCGGGUGCAAGGUGGACAACUCAUCUCUGACGGGCGAAUCCGAGCCUCAGACUCGCUCCCCAGAGUUCACGCAUGACAAUCCAUUGGAGACCCGCAACAUCUGUUUCUUUUCCACCAACUGUGUUGAGGGUCAGUAGGCCACAUAUGGCCAAGAUUG